CACAACACACCAUUAUAAUUUCCCUAUCAUAAGAUGUCUGCUAUCUUAUCUUCCAUCUGUCCUUCUAUAUUAAAGCUUCCUUCCCUAACCUCGAAGCCCCUUUAACGGCUCUACCUGCCAUGUCUCUGUUAUUCAGUUAUUCCCUCUCCCUCUCCCUUUUCUUCUUCUUCUUCUUCCUCAACGUCCAUGCUCUGAGAGCCAGCCCCGACACCGGAAUCUUAUCAUCAGAGCAUACAAAUCAUCACUUCACGUUGCAUGGCACACAACGUUACGUCUACUUUACAGGAAAACCUAGGUGGGUGCGUCCCAUGAUGCCCAUGACACUCACCUACGCUUUCUCUCCUGACAACAUGAUCAACUCCUUGAGCUUGUCCGAUAUACGACAGGUGUUCAAACGGGCUUUUGCCAGAUGGGCAUCCGUGAUUCCGGUGAGCUUCGCCGAGGCCGAGGACUAUGGCUUCGCAGACAUCAGAAUAGGGUUUUAUAGUGGUGAUCAUGGGGACGGAGAGCCGUUCGAUGGGGUGCUUGGGAUUUUAGCCCACUCGUUUUCACCGGAGAGCGGGCGGCUCCACCUCGACGCAGCGGAGACGUGGGCGGUGGACUUUGGGACGGAGAAGUCCCCGGUGGCCGUGGACUUGGAGUCGGUGGCCACGCAUGAGAUUGGUCAUUUGCUAGGGUUAGGCCAUAGUUUGGUGAAAGAGGCUAUUAUGUACCCGAAUUUAAAGCCUAGGGAUAGAAAGGUUGAUUUGCAGCGUGAUGAUAUUGAAGGAGUGCAAGCUCUGUACGGAUCUAAUCCAAAUUAUACGGUUGGAGAUUUAUCGGAGUCAUACAUUUCGACAAAUUUGGCCGUUGAUUUCAGAACUUCUAGACAAUCAAAAUGGGCCAAUUUCAUCCUGGCUUUGAUCAUAAUCUGUUUGUGCAUAUGUAAUUGAUUAGCAUCACAACUUUGUUUUUUUUUUUUUUUCUUUUUUUUUUCCUUCAUUUUUUUCAGUUUUUUUUUUUUGGGGGGGCCAGAUCAGAUCAGAUCAGAGAGAGUAAUGGUCCUCUUUUGCAUUAGCAUAAAGGUUUGUUCUUUUUCUUUUUAGAAGGUUUUGAAGUUCACUAAUGUCACAUUUGAGCUUCCAUAUUUAAGUUUCAAUAUGGUAGUUCCUAUAAAA